ACAAAGGUGACACGGACUCUAUUAUCUCAAAGGCGGGGACACUUUGCGCACGCGUAGCCGCCAUUCCUCUGCUAUAGAGGCUCCAGUACACGAAAGACGCCUCACGGAACCUCACCGGGGACCGGAAACAGCAGCCCCACGCGCGGCUCCAGUACACGAAAGACGCCUCACGGAACCAGGUCGCUGGCUCCCACUGACAGGGGACCGGAAACAGCAGCCGCACACGCCGGAAGCCGGCGGCGGGUGACGAACGCCCUUUCCUGAGCUCUUGAUCUGAAGUCGUGUCCUCUCGGUACUCCUUCCCCGGAAAUGGCCGCCAACGGUCAAGGGGACCCCGACAGGAAGCGCGAGGCCCUGGACCUCGCCGAAUUCACGCGGAGGCAACCAUGGUGGCGUAAGCUGUUCGGGCCAGAGUCUGGGCCCUCGGCUGAGAAGUACAGCGCGGCGACGCAGCUGGCCGUCGGGGGUGUCACUGGAUGGUGCACGGGGCUCGUGUUCCGGAAGGUCGGAAAGCUGGCAGCCACGGCCCUAGGAGGAGGGUUCUUCCUCCUGCAGCUGGCGAGCCACACGGGGUACAUCAGAGUCGACUGGCAGAGACUGGAAAAAGACGUAAAGAAAGCCAAGGCGCAGCUGAAGAUCCAUAGGGGUCGGCAAAUGCCCACUGAGGUCGGGAGCAAAGCCGAGGAGGCCCUGUCGUUCGUGAAGAAGAAUGUUCCAGUAGCCGCAGGGUUUCUUGGAGGCUUCCUGCUCGGCCUGGCGUCCUGAGGGUGUCACGUGGCCCCUAUAGCGAAUCCUAUAGCAGAUCCUAUAGCGAAUUCUAUAGCAGAGCCUAUAGCGAAUCCUAUAGCAGGUCCUAUAGCAGAUCUUAUAGCGAAUCCUAUAGCAGAUCUUAUAGCAGAUGCUAUUGCAGAUCCUAUAGCAAACCUUAUAGCCAAUCUCAUAGCAAACCUUAUAGUGAAUCUUACAGCGAUAUAUAUAUAUAUAUAUAUAUAUAUAUAAUAUUUUAUGGUAUUUUAUUAUAUAUAUUACACUAAGGUAUUUUAUUAUAUAUAUAUAAUAACUUAUGGUAUUUUAUUAUAUCUAUUAUACACUAAUGUAUUUUAUUAUAUAUAUAUAAUAUUUUAUGGUAUUUUACUAUAUUAUUGUACAUUGAGGUAUUUUAUAUAUAUAUAUAUAUAUAUAUAUCGUCCUUAUUACAGAACCAAUAAGAGACCUUUAACACCGAGCACGUGCCGUGUGUUAACCCCUCCCCCUGUGUGCAUCGCAUGUUGAUUGAUAACCGCGUCCACCAUCUGCGUUGUGAUCCCCUGUGUUCUUCUCAAGGUUCAAAGGUCAUCAGGAGCAGUGGUCAUCUCGAGUGGUCGAGCCUCAGAUCCCGCCCUCGUCUGAAAUAAAAUCUGAGUCUGCCCUGAGGUCCACGCAGGCCGCACUUGUGUUUGUGCAGAGGAGGCGCUGAGAGGGUGGGACAGUGGUUAAAGCACGGGCAGCUCUCCAGCAGAGUUCUCCUGAACGUGGUGGCUCACAACCGUGUGUCAUGGGAUCCGGCGCCCCCUUGUGGUGCAUGGGACACUGUACUCAUAUAAGUAAAUCUUUAUAAAUUGUGUACACUUUACAUGUUA